CAUCGCUUUCGUUUCACGAUUUCACACCACGAAACAAGUCUUCUCUUUGAUUGUCACUCUGCUUCGUCCUCCUCUUCCUUUUUCUCUCGCUCGAUACCUUGACCUCGCUCAACGACACUGCAUAGACAUAGACUCUUGGCUGAACAGCCACGCAUCACGCACACGCACAAACACGCACAAACACGCUCUAGGCCGCUACUGCGCACCCGAGUAAACACGCCGACGGCUACUAGCCUCCUCCCGUUCUUCUUCACUUCUUUCUUCAACUCCAACACGCACAAUGGUCAACGCGUACGCUACCGUCGUUGCGCGCCAGGCGCCCGGCGGAGGCAACAACAACGGCGGAAACAACAACGCUGGCGGCGGUAACGGCGCCGCGGCCUCCCCAACCCCCGCGCCCAACCCGCAGCAGUCGCAGUCGGCGUCGGCGUCGACCUCGUCGACCUCGUCCAUCUCGAUCCCCGACUCGGUGCCGGCCGGCGGCAUCCUCAUGAUCGACCCGCCCAACACGGCCUCGCAGAGCUUCUACAAGAUCCACCCUAGCGAGUAUAUCACGUUCAGGUGGAACCUGACGAGUUUGGUCGUCACCCCCACAUCCCUCACCGUCAUCGCGUCGUGCGCGGCCAACGGCAACACGUACCCCGUCGGCCCGACCGACGGCACGCAAAACACGAUCAAGGGCGACAGCACGCAGGUGGUGUGGAACCCGUACCAGUGGGCGCAGGUGCCCGGCCAGCCGGCGUUCGCGGUCGCGACGUACCAGCUCGAGAUCUACGACGAGGGCGGACCCGGCGCGCGCGCGAGACCGGGUCGCUUUAGCCCGUACACGGGGACCAAGUUUGGCAUGUACCUGCCGCAGUCGCCGGUGCCGCUUGACCAAUGGACCUGUACGACCUGCUCUGGCGCCAUCAGGGCGCUCGGCGAGCCCGCCGGCCUGUCCAUCUUCAUGUCGCUCCUCAUCGUCCUCAUCACGACGUUUGGCAUGCUGAGGCGCUAAGCUGCUGCUGCUCCCCAACUACAUCCCCACCCAGGAGGUGACGGACUCUGCAUUGACGACACCAACAACCACAACAACAACCCUUAUGCCCUCAUCUGUAUAUACGUAAUGCCUCUGGCGAUGGACACUUCCGAGCACCGCGCCCGCGAGCGAAGCGAGCGGGGUGAGGGGUGAGGGGCGCGGAAGGAGAGGGAGCAGAGGAGAC